AUGGAUGCAUUCCUCAGCUCCGCGCGGGAGGCGGACGCCUUGCAGUCGGUGGACUUCGAUGCCUUGCAGGGCGCCAUUGCCGCGGCACACACGUUGGAGGAGGGGCGGGAGAUGCUCGCCGCUCUGAUGGACGCCUACUACGCCGCCGACCGCAUGCAUGCGGUGUAUCGGCGGGCCAUUAUGCGAGCCAUUGGCUUCUGUCUCCGUCAGGCGGGGCCGCCCUUGGACAACGGCGACGGUGGGCACCGGUGGCAGCUGACGGCAGAUGAUUACAUUCUUCUUGCGCUUUUUUUCAACGAGUUGUCGACAGUGGACGACACGCAGCUUUUCUCGCUCUUCACAGAGGCCGUGACGCUGCUCUUCCAGCAGACUGUUCCCCUCGUGUACGGGUUUGGUGGCUGCUAUUCGGUAGUGGAGGCGUCCACGGCAGAGUCACUUUGCAGUGAGCUGCAAACGCUGCGAGUGGUGAUGGCUAAACGUCUCACAACACCUCCCACAGAGCCGCCCUCACACGUGGACGGCAGCACAGGCAUGCAGCUGGGCAUCCUCGACUGUCUGCGUGCGUUGCUGCUGUCACUUACGCAGGCCGCGUCAAUGCCGGCCAGCACUGAAGGGGCAGUGGCUGAGUUGCCUGAGAGCGACAAGGAAGCUGUGUUGUUGGCGGUUCGGCAAGCUGUAGAGGGCAUCCUGUCGCCGCUGACGACGGCGGUGGAGACGCUGCGGUCGUCGGUCGGAGCAGGGAGCGGUGAGAAGGCUCCCGCGUCCAUACGCAUGCAGGCAGGCACAACGGUCUCUCCGCUCGUCUUGGCGAGCGCACUGCGUGUACUGGAGGAGCUGUUCUGGCGCUGCGCCAGCCACGAAACACCGCACGACAGUUGUGCGCAACCGGACGCAGAGACGCCGCUCCUUGCCGCUGGACGCUUUGCCGUAGCCCGGGUUCUCAGCGCCCUGCAACAAUAUUUGGUGGUGCUGCAGAAACAGUCGAUGGAGUCCGCGGCGGGUUCAGUGGACAGGGGGGCUUUCGCGGCCGAUGCGUUGCGCACGACGGGGGUGCAGUGGGCGGUGCGGCGCCUGCUGUCGGUGGUGCGGCUGCAGCUACGCCUGUUUCCAGCGAUGGAGCACGCGGUGGGGGCGGCCCUCAACGCCUUUGGCGAGGUCAUGGAGGUGGAGGAUCCGCUCCAACUCAUGCUCGUGCGGCGUGAGUGUGAGCAGGUGCUGCAGAAUAACGGGGAUGAUGAUACCAAAGCCGCGGCGUGGCGGGCUGCGUGGGAGGUGGCGGAGGCGCCGUCAUCCGAGGCCUGCUCCUCGCGACUGCGGGAGUGUGAGCAGAUUUUGGAGGCGCCGCGUGAGGAGACGACGGCGAACGACGCCGCCGCCGACACCGACCUUGGCGACAUGGACGAUGCGACCCUCCUACAAGGCGGCGCCGGCGGCAAGGAGGCGCUGCUGCAAAGCACCGUUGGCCCUGUCUCGGUGAACGCGCUGGUGGACAUCGUGCUGCUGAGCGUGCGCCACAUGGACAUCAUGACGGAGCAGGCGAUUCAGGCACUUCACACGCAGGGGCUGGAACGGAUGCAGUACGACGCGGCAAAGCGGGCCCAGCGGGAGGAGAUCCUUCGGCAGCGUCGCAUUGAGCAGCAGGGUGUGGAGGGUAUUCCGGUGGGGCGGCUGCUGGAGCACCUCAAGGAGAGCACUGCCCUCUACGCAAAGGGCACCCACCUCCUCGAGAGUGAGUCGGCACUGGCAAUGGUGUUACGCGAGGCCUUCUUUUCACUGCUUGAUGUCUACGAUGCAUUUUCAGAGGAGACGGAGAGUCGUUUGCUCGAGGCGCAAGCCCUCAUUGCGCGGGCCCUGGCGCAACUCCCACUGUCGAUGAUAGACGCCGCCGUGGACGCGGUGUGUGUGCGCCUCCGCAGGGAAUUUCUCCGCUGCGCCCGCGAGAGGACGGCCGCGCCUCUCCGUACUUUGGCGUACCAGCUUGUCAUGCAGGUGCUGUUUACGUUCUACUCCGCGCUGGCGCCCGUGCGGGAGCGGGGGAACAGCGCCUUUGCGUUCCUGGGCGCCACAAACACCGGUGCGGAGGCGGAGCUGCAGCUGCAGGGCUCGCCACUGGAGCUGCGGUCCCACGCAGCCUUUACGAUUGAUGCCGACAACCCCGUGGAGUGGCUGCAGUCGACGACGCAGGACGCAGUUGCCGGCGGCGGAGGUGGUGGCGGGUUGAGUUCCCGCAAACACCCCCGCGACGAGGAGGAGACGCCGCACGCGAACGACAAUGCGGACGGCGAGGGCGGGGCGAACAUGUCCAUUUUCUUCUGUGAGGAUACAACGCAGUCGCCGUGCAUGUACAGCUACGUCCUCUGCCGCGUGAUGGAGUUGGCGACGGAGGCCAGGCUGCCGGCGCUGCUGCUUGACGUCCUGUUGCAGUGCCCCUGCAUCACCCGCUACGUCUGGCACUACAUCCACAAACAGUACUGCCUCUCCACCGAGAAGGAGCGCUGCUUGCUGGGGAUGUGGCUUCUGAAGAGCCUUGCCCUUAAGCGCGCAGUGUGCCGGCGCUACGCCGUGAACAGUUUGUUACAUCUGGCUGCCGCACGCAAUGAAUACCCGCGCCGACUCGCCGUGACUAAACUCGGAGAGCUUCUCUCUGCCCACGGCACGGACGGCCGUCGCGUCAUCGACAAAAAUGCCGAGACGCUACUGGUCUGCUACGCCAAGCGGCAAAUGGCAGCCAUACCCGUCACGAAACUCCCCCCCUUAGCAGCGUCUGUUGGCCCCAUGUCCAAUUCUGUGGCGAAGAUGGAGGGCGCAAGCACCAACGACGACGAGGGCGGUGCCGCCGCGCUCCGUGAGAGGGAAAUAAGGAAGCUUGCAGACUCGCUGGAUCGCCAUCUCGGUCCUUUUCUCAUGCUGUGCGCACGUCAGCCGAAGGAAAUUUUCCCCGUGCUGCUGACCGUCUUCAAGGAGUGUGAUGAACGGCAAAAUGAGGUCAUGAUGCGCCUCCUCGUGGAGCACGUGGAUGUGGGCCGGAUGUGUCAACGUCUGUUCCGGACGGAUGCGAUGUCGUUCAUGUCCAACGUGAUGCCGUACCUGCGCCGGCACAGCGGCGACGCCACGGUGUUGGUGCAGAAGAUACUGUGGGCCAUUUGCGCAGAGCUGCGAACGAUGGGGCAGGCGGCGGAGUCCUCGGCGUCGCAGCUGGAGCAGACGGCGCUUGCGUUGCUGGGGCACGCGCGGGUGAUGUACGACAGCAGUGAGAUUCCACAACUGUACCGUUCCGCUGCCGGUGCUGGUGAUGCGGGGGAUGCCGCAACGGCGCUACACGACGUGCGGUUUGUUGCUCCUUUUCUCGGUCUCACCAGUGCGGAGGAGCUGCGGCACACCUACCUGCGUUCCUUGCUGCACUUUGUACAGCUGCAACUCAAGCUUCAGCUUCAGCAGCAGCAGCAGUGUGCCUCAGCUACAGGGAUGAAUGCGGACGCGGAAGUAAUGCGGAUGAGUAGUGAAGAGCUCGAGGCAUUUAUCCGCGAUGUCGUGCGCGAGGUGCUUGUGCGUUCGCCUGUGCCCUUCUCCGACGGCGUCUCCCGCGGUCUUUCACGCACGGAACUUCUUGUCUACCUGCACCGCGCCUCACACGAGUCACACGCCGCGGACUCCCAAACGGCCGCUGGUAAACAUUCGAUCUCGUCUUCAAGUGCGGGGCGGGGAGAGUCGCGCGGUAUUUUGGGCGCUGCCUCUUCUUCCGCAACAGCCAUAGAGGGAGCUGCAGGAACGCGGCAAGCCGCAGAGGAUCUCCCUAUUAGCCCGCUCACCACAAAAAAGGUCAUUGGUGUGCUGCUAAAACUUACACGCAGCUUUGACGGCAGUACGACGGAGUUUCUCUACGGCCCUGAAGAAAUUAAGAGCGCGGUGCGUCAACUGAUGCAGCACGUUGGUGGCGGCAAUAGUAGCAGUGGCAGUGGCACGUCCUCCGUUCCCUCACAGCUGAUGGUAACAUUAAUUCUUGCCUGCAAACUUCACGCCCAAAGGCCACACGCUGACCUUGUUCGCUUCGUCCACCAGGCAGUGCUGCUGCCGCUCGCGAAGGAUGCCACGUGGGAGAAGGACAUAAUUCUUUGGCGUGGUGUCUUGCUGUUUGCGGAGGAACACUACAGGGAGUGCAGCAACUUCCUUGUCAAUCUGCCGGAGAAGGUGCUUAUUCAGGCCUUGCGCAGCCAGCCACAGCUCUGUGAGUACUUUAGAGAGGAACACGGCAACAACGCCUCCUUUGGCCACAUUCUGGGGAGUUUGUAG